AUGGCAGCUGGUCGCCGUGUGUCUCAUCGGAGCUCGUCUGCACCGUCUGCUGCCGCUGGUGAUUGGGGUGCCUCACAGGUAGCGUCGUCUGGGAUUGCAGAGGCGGUGCUACCCGGCUCUCGUAACAACAAACACGUAGGCGGCGCUACAGCGAAUGCAUGGACGGGCAGAGUGGACAGCCGGAGCGGCUACUACGGCGAUCUUACUCGCUCGUCUCGCAGUGCGCGACAAAGCGCCAACAAGGCUGGGGGUGGUGCGGUGGCGAGCACCACGACUCCUGGGACUUUCCCCGGUACCCACGGGCAUUUUGAUCAAAACACAGUGGCGUCUGGUGCAGUGACGGGGCCAAGCGCGGCAGGUGACUGCUACACGACGUUGCACGGGUACAACGGUGACCGUGUUUUUCAAGUGGACGACGAUGAAGCUGCGGCAACUUUGCUGGGAGAAAAGAACUGCCCCGUCACAGAGUUUGAUGGACGGAUCGGGUAUCGCUAUCCUCUGCUUUGGCGGGCAGGUAGCAGCCCUCCCGCUUCAUUCAUCACGAAUCAAAGCAGCUCAUCACGCCACCAUCACCAGCAGCUGUCGCCGCGUUUGCAUCUUUACUCCUCGCCGCCGGUGUCAUCUUCCGCUGCGGAAAUUGGGGAGUCCCGUUCACCAGAGCUGGUCACCCGCAGCGAUGGAAAAGGCAAUGCUGAGGAGGCAAGGGGGCACCGACACUACUCUCGCCAUGCCGGAGUCACGACCUCUGUGGCUGUCGAGCCACUACCCCGAACCUCCGCGUCGUCCUCGUUAGUAACAUCGUCGGACCGGUUUGCGGGGUUUACAACGGUGCAGCAGCAGCGUUUUGAGAGUCAAGAAUUUGGCCCACCAGGACACGAACUCGCGCGGUGGAAAAUGUUAGAACUGAUGCGGCACUGGAUGAGCAUGCCAAACACUCGAGCCAGCCUCGAUGCAGUCAUUCGAGACGUGCUCGUGGACGCUGGAAUUGCAAAGGCGAAAGAGGCGUGGGGUGGUGGCAAUGCCUGCGUUGCCGUGUCACGCGCUAGUGCAUCCUCCGUUCAGCCACAGGAAGCUGAGGGCUUUAGUCAGCCUGUCGCAACAUGCGCCAGCCCACCUUCGAUAGAGGCGCCGCUGACGAAGCUGUCCCCCAAGAACAAGCUGAUUACUAAGAGCGUAGCACUCGAGUCGGGCAGUGAGCUCUCCACAUCCACCACUCACGGCGAGGAGGGCAAGAGAAAGCUGCAGUGCACCAAGAAAGGAUCAAGCCCUGUGGCUGACGAAGCCCUAGCUCCAUCGGGAGAUCAGGCCACUCCUGGCUCCCUUCUGCCUCCGCCCUCCACUGUGACUGGGCUCUUUUCUCCUGCACUCGCGGAGCGAAGGUCUACGUCGCCACCAGGUGAGGCGGCCCCUACGACAGCUACUGCUGGAGUGCGCUCAGCCAGUGCCCGUCGACGCCGACGGAAAAAGAGCAAGGGUGCCACUUCUGCACAGGAGGGGCGGGUGCCACCUGCGGACGGAUCGCUUUUGCUGCCAUCACGAGACGUAAAAAGGGACCCUGACACAUCCACUGCGUCACCUGUGCCGUCACUGACGCCAGAGAGGCGUGUAAUAUCCCUGACGCCGAGAAGUGGUGACGCCUCGCCUGGUACGGCGGCGUCGUGUGAGUGGACCGAUCCUGCGAACGACGCAAGAGUCUCACCUCGCCGAUACACUGAAUCUCUAUCCUUGCAUCGUUCGGCAUCAGAGGUGACCCUUCCCAACUCCUCCCGAACCAUUGCCUCUACGCACCACAGAAGCCCCAGCAGCAACAGUUUGAGAGCAGCGCCAUCGCGGCGGGAGGCCACAUACGAGGAGAUACCCCGCUUCUACUUUCCCCUCGGUCGCCCGACUACGGGAGAGAAGAUGAUCAGUGGACCGCUCUCCACCAAGCACGAGAACCCUCAUUUGAAGGUUGCAGACGGUGUCUCCAUCUCGUCCCCCAUGUACGACGGCGGGGAGAGCGGAUGCUUGGGCGCGAAGGCGGGGUCGCUCGUCGGAACCAACGAUGGUAGCUUGCACCUCUCUGAAUCGCGACGGCCGCAGAGGGUGGCACCUAUGUCACAGCUGCACGCGCUCGAUGACCGGCAGGUGGCGCAUUACAUUCAGCGCGAGUUUAGCCGUCUUCCACCCUUUCCUCGACAUUCUCAGCGAGUUCGGCUGCUGGGUGGACGUCUGCGCAGCGGUGGCCACGGUACCAACAGUUUACCCUUCGCCAAGCAGGAACUACUGUACAAGCAGCAGUUUACCCAGUGCGUGCAACGCCUGUGCUCCCAGUGCUUUGGUGUACCGCGGUAUUUUGCCUUUCUCAUAAUGCGGCUUAUACAGUGGGAGGUGCACGAUGGCAACGUUGGUGCGCCAGGGAAUCAUAGCUCGUCUCAGACACGCCACGCCAACGGCUGCCUGGGGUCCUCGUCGUCGCUACUGAGUCACACCACGAAGGGCAGCGGUGGUGCGACUGGACUGCCCUCCGUUUUCCUCAUUACGGCACAGCACAUGAAGGAUUUCUACGAGGCCCACCUCAAGAACAAAGACACUGUGCGGCGCAUUUUCGACUUGCUGAUUCUCUCUUCCUGCUUGCCCACCUCGCCAGCGGCAACGGCCUCUCUGGCGGCUAUGAACGGAGGAACAGAGGCAAACGACCAGUCUGUCUCGACCUCAAGAGCUUCCCUUAGCGCGUCGCCCCUCCGACCCUACUUGCUACCCCAGGACUUCGUCGCCUACAUCAGUGUUCUUCUCACCUAUCACCCAGGUCUUGCCUUUUUACGGCAGACACCUGACUUCCAGACCAAGUACCUCGACACCGUCAUCUACCGCAUCUUCUACGAGCUCGACCGCUUUGACCGAGGUUGUAUUCGUUAUUCGGAGCUGGCUACGUCGCGGCUGAUCGACGCCUUUCGCCAGGUCGAUUCUGUCGAAGACAUCAACAUGGUGCUCCUCUUCUUCUCCUACGAGCACUUUUACGUGUUGUACUGCCGCUUCUGGGAGCUAGAUGAGGACCGCGACAUGCUACUGGCGCCAGAGGACCUCAUGCGGUACGCCCCGGAGGAUGUUAUGAACCCGUGCAUCGUACAGCGCAUCUUUGCCGGGGUUGGGCGGCGGCGCCGGUGCAAUGUGCUGCAUCGCAUCGGCUAUGAAGACUUUGUUUGGUUCUGCCUCUCGGAGGAGGAUAAAUCCACACCGCAAGCUAUCCGCUACUGGUUUCGCGUUCUUGACCUGGACGGAGAUGGGGUACUUUCUGUGUAUGAGCUACGCGAGUUUUACAACGCCACGCGUGACAAGAUUCUCCAGUACGUCCAGGAAGGGGUUGUCACUUUCGAGGACGUUGUGUGCCAGGUGUUCGACAUGAUGCGGUGCUCUGAAUAUCGCGGCCUCUUUCUCUCAGACCUCAUGCGAGAGCCAGAGGCAGCUGCGGUGGCUCUGAACCUGCUGACCAACGUGGUGAAGUUCUUGCAGUUUGAACAGCGCGAUCCGUUCGUAUCGCACGAAGAGCGCUUGUUAGGUGGCCCAGAGCAGUCGACAUGGGACCGUUUUGCCCGUCUAGAAUACGACCGCAUGGCGUUGGAGACAGAUGGAGAGGGUUGA